AGAUUAAUUUAUCUAAAAAUAAAAUAGGUAAAGUGAAGACGAACGGAGUAGUAAACUACGUUUAUUGACGGACGGUGAUAGAAGGGGGUUUUCCGGCAUCUUAUCACAAAGUAUGUGGUCUAUUCUAGAAUUCUUCAUAAGCAAAGGGGUAUUAUCGUAAACAAUUAAGGAGACAGCCUCAUUUGACAUUUUGAGUCCACCUCGCCGGCUACCCGCACAACAAGCAGUCACGCAAACUCACUGACCCCAACCGCAGGAAGAACGCGGACCCUCGGACGCCGGAAAAUGGGUUUAUUGGGCGGGCGAUGGGGGACUGCGGCGGCGGUGGUUGCGCUGGCCGUCGCGGUGGUUAUGAGGAAACAGGUGGCCGAACAAUUAGGAUGGGAUAACUCCGUCAUGAUGCAAUGGCUGAAAGAAAUGUCCGAUCGGUUAGGGCAUUGGGCGAUCCCCGCAUAUGUCGGAAUCCACACGCUCACUCUGGCGCUCUGCCUGCCGUACGCCGUCUUCUUCGAGGCCGGAGCUUCGAUGCUCUUCGGAUUUUUGCCGGCGCUUUUGUGCGUCUUCUCUGCCAAAAUCCUCGGCGCUUCUCUCUCCUUCUGGAUUGGCAGACUUGUCUUUCGAAGUUAUGGCUCUGCAGCUGAAUGGGUUCAGAAAAAUAAGUACUUUCACAUGUUGUCAAGGGGAGUUGAGCGGGAUGGUUGGAAAUUUGUUCUUCUUGCUCGAUUCUCACCUGUACCAUCCUAUGUCAUAAACUAUGCAUUGGCUGCUACUAAUGUUGGGUUUCUAGUUGAUUUCUUGCUUCCAACAGUCAUUGGGUGCAUGCCCAUGAUCUUGCAGAAUACUUCAAUUGGCAGCCUUGCGAGUGCUGCCGUAGGUUCAGCAUCCGGCUCCCAGAAGUCUCAGGUUUGGUCAUAUUUAUUUCCCCUUCUUGGGAUCUCAUCAAGCGUUCUUAUAUCAUUGAGGAUAAAAAAGUAUUCGACUGAUAUCAUAAAUGAUGAUUCUCCUGCUACUGUAACUGAGCCCUCUGAUGCCCAGGCAUCAAGUCAAGAGCCGGUCAAUAGGAAAAGUAAGGGGUUGAAGGGAAAAUAAUCGCAUGUUAAGCUGAAGUUCAUGUGUACUUUUUAGCUACAGUCAAUUUCGCUUAACCAACCUCUAUCAAUUAUAAUCAGCCAAUCUUUAAUUUAUCUUGACAUGACGAAUAUAUACUUGAACCUAUCAGCUAGCAGUUUACAGGCUUCCUCCCAACGAACUUGAUGGGUUAGUUUCUCUAAUUUUUCGGAGAAUGCUGCUAAGCAAUUAGAAGAAGAUAAGAUACAAUGAUCCUGUAACUGAACUCAAAUUGAUGUACGCCAUCAGAGUAGUCAAGAGUUUCAUCCUGUCUGUUUAAGUUCCUUAUAAACAAGUAGACACGUCAAGUUGACAUUUUUAGGUUUAGGCUUUUGUACUUGUGAAAUGUGUUAUUUAAAGAUGUGUUCUGGAACA